CUGACGCGCCGCUCUCCACAGUCUUGGUGUAAACACUCACUACAAGUGUCUGCGCGUUUCUCAGCUUCGCUCCGUCAACUUUACUUUAGAUAAACUCCUCAGCGCGCGGCGACGCACCGCGGCCGGUGGUGUGGUGGACUUUCCUCCGACAUGGAGCCUCCGGACUUCGAAGCCAUGAACUUCACGGUGCAGCAGGUGCCGUCGCUCUACCCGCUGUGUGAGGCGUGGAGGGACGGCGCGGAGGGCUCCGUCUUCCACCUGGCGCACAUCCUCCUCUUCCUCGGCUUCAUGGGCGGCAGCGGCUUCUACGGGCUCCUCUACCUCUUCACCUUCCUCACGCUGGGCUUCUUCUGCGCCUCGCUCUGGGCUUGGUCGGACUCGUGCACCACCGACUCGUUCCUCUGGACCUUCGCGCUGUUCGCCGUCAGCCUGGCGCAGGCGGUGCACGUCGCCUACCGGCUGCGGGGCGUCUCCUUCGAGCGGGACCUCCAGGAGCUGUACCAGUGCAUGUUCCAGAAGCUGGGGGUGUCGCUCACACAGUUCGGGAAGAUCGUGGCCUGCAGUGAAGGAGACAUCCACACCUUAGAGCCCAGCCACUGCUUCGCCAUCGAGGGGAAAACCGCCAUCGACAAGCUGUCGGUGCUGCUGUCUGGCAGAGUCCGUGUGACAGUGAAUGGAGAGUUUCUGCAUUACAUCUACCCGUUUCAGUUCCUGGAUUCUCCUGAGUGGGACUCUCUCAGACCAGCAGAGGAGGGGAUCUUCCAGGUGACCCUGCGUGCCGAUAACCCCUGCCGCUACGUGGCGUGGAGGAGGAAGAAACUCUACCUGCUUUUUGCUAAGCAUCGCUACAUCGCCAAGAUCUUCGCCCUCGUUGUGCGCAAUGACAUUGCAGAGAAGCUGUUCUCCCUUAAUGAUAAGGCUUUCAGCGAGUCCGGCCGCCGCUAUGACCUCCGCUUACCAAGUUACUGUCACAUGCCAGGGACAGAAUUAGAAGGGGCAGAUGUCCUGCAAGUGCCGGUGCAGGGUGGGAGCACGGCCUGAACACACACACACACUUGCACACACAAACACACUCUGCUCUAGGCCUAAAACACUUGGAAGGCACUCACUGUGUGUAGUAAUGUAAUGUAAAUAUAGUGUUAUUUAAGAAGGCCAAAGUGUGACUGUACCAUUUAGGGAAAGUAGGUCUCAAUUGCAGUUGUAUCAUAUCUGCCUACGUUUUUAGAUCUCAAUAUGCAGUAGUAGGUAGGUUGAGCUGGCAGACAUGUCACCAGUCAUGUGUCCAGGGAAUGCUAUAGAUUUAUUUGAAAAGGGUCACAUGACUGACAGCCCAAUAAAUCAAUAGGCUACAUUAUAGCUGCCUUGUUAACAAGUCCUUAUAUCGUCCCACCCAUGGGACACUUUGGUCUAGGUUGUCCUACGUUCAGUGUGUUUUGAACUACACUCAAGCUUCACAUGACCUAGAUAUGUGGUACAUUGAAAGCUCGAAAACACUACACCAAAUCUGCCAAAACAUCAAAGUUUGCACUUGUGUAACUUUCCUUUUUCAUCCGGACUUACUUGUUUGUAAUGCUGCUAAUGCUAAUGCUAAUAACUGUUUUAUCUCAUAGACAAAUGGUCAAAUGGUCUGUAUUUAUAUAGAGCUUUUCUAGUAUUGAUGACCACUCACUAGACUAUAUAUAAAGAUGGACGACUUGUCUCCAUUUCCUCCCACUACCCAGAAAUGAUGCCAUAAUGUAAAUACAAUAUGAAUGGUGCCAUUUUACGCCAAAGACAUCAUUUGAAGCCAGAGUCUGAAAAUUCUCUAUCCGGGGAUAGAGCCAUACCAUUGAGCUCCCACUGUCGAUAAUGAUGUUUGACCCUGUUUUUUAUUUUGUAUCAAAAAACUAUUUUAAACCCUACUUAUUACAAACAUAAACAAUUAGACAAACAUCAUUGUGAUAACAGCUACCUAAAAUGGCAGAAAACAUCUUUGAGAAACAUUAACUUGACCCGGAUUUUGACUUUUUAGUUUGGUCCCAUCCACUAACAUUGGGGAGGCAAUAUUUAUGGUCUAUAUUGCAGCCAGCUACCAGAGGGCGAUCAGGACAGCUUUGCUUCACUUUUUGCUUCGCUUCGCAAUCUGUCAGAACCUAGAUAGUAGCAGGCGUCACUUCUUCACAGAAGCAGUUUAAAGUGAUUAACCGUUGAAGAUUUUGUGAAAAUUGUGUUUGUGUGUAUGGUAAUAGUUGUAGACAAAUGACACUAAAGAUUGUGCUGUUCAACUAAGGUGAAAUGAACCUACAGGUGAAUUCAUGUUAUUUAUUUUAUUUAGUCAUUUAUAAUUACGUUAUACAUGUAUAAAGUGACAUUAAUAGGAGGCUGUAGAUGUCUUAACUGAAUAAGAUUGUGAUGUGCAAUAUUGACAGAUUUGAUCAGUUACUAUUGUUGUAAGAUUGUGCAAAUGUAAAAUGUAAAUAGGCUAAUUGUGUCUAUAUUUCACUUUAAAAAAUAAAUGUAACUUUAUUUUAAUGUGUAAAUUCAAUCGAUUUUUCUAGUAAACACAUACACACAAUGCAAACAAUACAAAAUAGACUGGCUACAAUACGAUGUAUUAAAUUGAAAUUUACAGUA